CAAUGUCAUCAUUAAAACAAUUACUUGCUUUUAACCUUCAGGGCUAACAGAUGGGCAUAAAACCCCACUUAAAAGGCAGAAAAGUGCCUUUGUAGCAGUUCCUCUUGCAUAGCCAUUAAGUGAUGGACGAGAGAAGGGUUUUUUGGUUCUGAAUAUGAUGUUAGUCAUCAUGCAAUAUUGCAGAUAAAUGAAUGUUUUAGUCUUUAGGGUCAUUUUAUUUGGAGCAGGUCUUGGAUAUUGAACUGUUUAUGCAUCAACUUGACAUAAUAGGAAGUUGCACCUACUAAUGAAAAGUAGAGUGAAAGGUGAUGUAGAAUAAGAAAGGAGAUCUCUACAUCCAAAAUGUCAAACCCAACAAUAUGGAUGGUGGAACAAUAACCAGCUGAGGCCUAGAUGUAUAAGAUUUGCAAAAGUGAAACCUUAGAAAAACACUUGGUAAUUUUCUACUUGGCCCCUAUCAUGUUUCCGCUGUAAAUCUUUUCCUUUUUGUUGUCUAAUGAACUUGAUGUUAACAGAGAAGUCAUGGUGGGUCAGCAGAGAACUUAGGUUGGAUUGAGAUAAAAUGCAAUUUCCGAAUCAUAUUUAAGGAUGUAAAAUAUGACAACUUUGUACUAUUUUCCCCUUUAGUUUCUGUAAAUGAUUUUUCUAUAUGUAAUUUUAUGUCAUAUAUCCGUAGGUAUUUCACUGAUCAAAUAGAAUAUAAUAAAGUGUCAGUGAGCACCUCAUAUAGAUGCACUAUGUAAGACAUGCCUGGAGGGAAUAUUGGAGCCGAGACAGUAAGCAACAAAAUAGUUGAACCGUUACUAAACAUUCUGUAAGCUUAUUGUAAAAGUUCUUAAAAAGGCUUCACUAUUGAUUGACAUCCAGUUAGACAAAAGAAGUUUAAUGAAGUUUCUAUUCCUUUCAUUACUACUUUGGGUUUUACCCGUCCUCUCAAUUUCAGGAUUUAGAGAAUUUGGAUGAAGAUUAUGAAGCAUAGAUAAUCUAUGAUCACCAAGGACUCAGGUGUUUUUCUGUUCAUUCAUCUUCAACUUUUUCUUAGGUUUUCUUUAUCGCUCUCUAUGGUUGCAACUGAAGAAAUCCAAUCGUCCCUCAAUCAUGCAUGGCUUGGAGUUCUAAAAACUGAAAUCAAUCCACGGAAGCCUUUAGUUUGUAGUGGUAAUCGGGUUCGUAUAGUUUAUGAUUCUUAUCCAAAGAAGAUUGCGGUUUCUAGAAGAACGCCUCCAAGGAAGGUCCAAGCUAUUCCCCUAAUGCUGAUAAUGUACUUAUUUUCGUUCUACAUGGUAAUUGAGAAGAUUUCCAAGUUAUCGAGCCUACGGCAAAUAAGAAGAGAAUAAUGUGGAAAGCUACCUUCUUGCAGUUGAACAAUAUAUAAACAGAGAAAUCUUAGAUGUUUUUAACAAGCAGAGCCAUUGCUGGGCGGAAUGUGUUUAAAUCUAAUAGAAUUCAUUAGUACAGUAUAGAAUUACUAAUAUGUAAAUGUAGUACUGUUAUGUCAUAUUGCAGGUGGAGGAAAUGAUUUUUCCUUCCUUAGUGGCCUUAUUAUCAACGAUCGUGAAUCAAAUUGUUAAAAU